GUUAUAGUAUGCUUUUACCCUCCAUUUUCUAUCAUCUUAGAUAGUUCUAUUUACUUAACCAACUAACCAUUAAAACCACUAAACUCAAUCAGGUUUCACUAUUCCUGUCUAUGCCUUUGACCUAUUUGUCCCCUGUUCUCAGUGGGUGAGAAAUGACUUGAAGAUUGUUAGGGCAAAUUAAGAAUUCCUGAGACUAUGCUUUCAAUGACUUAAUCGUCAUCAGACAGAUUUGCAUUACUACUAUUGGUCCUUAAUAUUUUUGUGACCAUGUUGUUCGAGUGACCUUCGCAGCACAUAACCAAUCAUCACUGUUAAUAGUCAAGCUAUUGAUACUUAGUAAGUGAAUAAUUGGUCAUACAGUUUGUUGAUCGGUUAUCCGAAAAAUGUCAGUGAACAAGAGUUAUAAAUAGCUGUUUCACUGAAUGAUCGACAUUAAUUCAGUAAGUUAACCUUCCACAAGUUGUCUUUUGUAUCCCUAUCUAGAUUUUUUAGAUUGUCAGACGUAAAUUUGAUAAUUUUUAUAAUCUCUAAUAUAAGGCCACACAUUUUUUAUUUGUAACGUUCUAUGUGUAAUUACAUUUACAAUCAAGUACUAGUGUUUAUCGGGACUGAAUGUGGACAGAUGUUGUUAGGUGGACAGUUGAUGCUGUAGCGGAAAUAAAUCCUCAAAAUAAAUAGCUCUGUAAGUUUUCGACAUUGGAUGCUGACCAUAUGUUUUAGUGGACUCAUCUAGCUGAAGGCGCUCGGUCAUGCAUCCGCACCAGAUCACGUGUGGUAACGCCGUGCUCAACAUCUACCGCAAUCGCUAGCCAGAUUACAUCAGAGAAUUCCGAUAUAUUGGUUAUCGCCAAACAAACUCUUCCGAUCUCCUCGACUCUGUCUUUUGAUUUCUCUGGGUGGGAACGAAAUAUAUUAGAGGGUGUUACUGGUAAAAGCGUUGUCAAACACUGAAUACCUGUAACAUCAUCAUUGGUGAGCCCGACGUGAUCUGGUACACCUAUUUGCAACUGUGAGUCUGUUCCUUUUUGGGAUUUUUAUAUAUCAUUGCCUUAUUUUUUAUUUUUUUAAACAUUGUGAUUUUUUUCGUAAUUUUUCUUGGAUAUAUAUAUAUUUUCCCCUCGUUCAUUAUCGUACUUCAUAUUUCAUCAUGACUGAACAGACACCUAAAGUACUCAAGCUUAAGACUUUGUCCCCACCUUCGUUUCAACUCAUGCCUUUCUGGCCCGACAACAUCUAAGCCUGGUUCUGCUACGCAGAAACCGACUUCCACGAGCACGGCGUGAUCGACACACGUGCACAAUUCCUCGCAGUAGUCAAGGCACUACCGCGAGAAUUCAACAGGUACGUACCACCUAGCAUGUUUACUAGUGUUGUUUCUGAACCUUACGAAACCUUAAAACGUUCAAUUCUUAAACGAGGGGACCUAACCGAUCGACAAAGGUUAGAUCAACUCUUUAAUAACAUCGACCUGCAGCACGGUUCUGCGACGGACGUGUUGCGAAGGAUGAGAGAGUUUAUAGGCCUAAGAACUUUCGACAAAGGCCUAUUCAAACAACUUUUCGUGUCUAAACUUCCCAAACACGUGCAAGCGAUUCUGGUCUCGUUUCAGAACAACGCCUUAGACGAACUGGCUGCAUCAACCGAUCGUAUCUUAGAGAUUACGAAAUCUACUACCGAGGAUUUUCCAGUCAAAGAAAACCCUCAAACGUCUCAGAACGACAUAACAGAGUUAUGUCAUACACUCACGCGUUAUUUGAAUCUUCGUAACGACCGUAAGCGACCACACACACCACGUAGAAGCAUUUCACGUAAGCGAUCUGUCUCUAGACCACGAGAGACGGAUAACCCCGACUGAUGCUGGUAUCAUAACCAGCAUGGAAAGUCUUCCAGAAAUUGUAGAAAACCCUGCAAUUUUCCCAACUCAAAACCGACCGUAGCCGGCGAACAUAGCCGUCUGUUAUACGUCACAGAUGUGACAACGAGAGUUCGCUACCUCGUCGACACUGGCGCAGAAGUUAGCGUUCUCCCAGCGGAUCCCAACAACCGGCCUCACGAACCGUUUUUAAAUCUACAGGCGGCAAACGGAAAACCUAUCGCUACGUAUGGCAAAAGGUACGUUUACCUUAACGUGGGUUUACGCAAACCCAUUCACUGGAUUUUCGUUGUUGCAGAUGUUUCUAUGCCAAUCAUUGGUAUGGACCUUCUACAACACCAUAAUCUGAUCAUCGAUACUUGCAAACGGAGGCUAGUAGACGGAAACACUAAUUUAUCCGUUUGCGUAACUUCCUUCUCUGGUUGUAGAUUAUCCCCAGCCACAAUUAAGCAUAUGAUAGACCCACUUUAUCAGCCACUACUCGAUAAGUACCCGGGGAUACAACAAACUCAACCGAAACUACCGUGUGUAACCAGCAAUGUUACACAUCACAUCACGACUACAGGACCACCUGUAUUCUCUAAAGCACGACGACUAGCUCCUGAAAAGCUAAGGUUAGCGAAAAACGAAUUCGAUCACAUGAUAGAUUUAGGAAUCAUACGACCAUCAAAUAGCCCUUAUGCAUCUCCGUUGCACAAUAAAUCGUCUGGACCACCACACUACUAUUGGUUCCUAUUGUUUCUGUGACCAUGUUGUUCGAGUGACCUUCGCAGCACAUAACGAAUCAUCACUGUAAAUAGUCAAGCUAUUGAUACUUAGUAAGUGAAUAAUUGGUCAUACAGUUUGUUGAUCGGUUAUCCGAAAAAUGUCAGUGAACAAGGUAAGUGAUAUUGAUUGUACCAUGAAACUGAUUCACUUCAGAGUUAUAAAUGGCUGUUUCACUGAAUGAUCGACAUUAAUUCAGUAAGUUAACCUUCCACAAGUUGUCUUCUGUAUUUCUCUUUAGCUAGAACUAUAACUAUCAUGUUGGUUGUAAGUAUUCAAACUAGUUGCUAAUUAAGAAUUCCCGAGACAGUGCAACCUAAGGAAGGUAGAACUAGAUGAGCACAACUGAACGUAUUACAUCUUUGAUCGACUAGUCCGUUUAGAGAUAUAAGGCAGUAAUCAUCAUUGAGAAUGUCAAUCAAUUUCGGACAGUAGAUCUUAUGGGAAUAAAACGCCGUCAUCAGUUUUACUUAAAUUUAGGUUCAUCGAAAUAACGAAUUGGUUAAUUGGAUACUGUAAAUGAUAAUUGAGUAUAUAAGUGGCUGGGGAUAAACUUCACCUAUUCAAGUGGCCUAGGUCAGUCAGUCAGUCAGUAACAACGUAGAACUUCGUACGGACGUACAUCAUUUCGAGUUGCCACAACACAUUAGCACAGAGAUGCAGCUGUCGAUUCAAAUCCCGUAGUGGUAGAGGUAGUAAGCGUAUAAGCCGUAAUCGGAAAGAUUAGGGUUUAAAGAUGUUAUUCAAGUAGUAUAAUACAGUGAAAUAAUUUAGGAAGAGGAAAAAAGGGACAUGAAGAAUUCAGAAGAUUAGAAUUUGGGAGAAAACAAAGAGUUGAUGCACCUGCGCACACCAUUACAAACGAUUUUGAGCCAUAUCACUCAGGGUCUCUAACCAUCAGAUGCUAUCAUCUCGCGGUCCCUAACCAGGUAGUCUACAUCUACCAACAUGACUCAGUCAUGGAUUUGUGCCAUGUUUUGGUCUGGCCACCCCCGGCUUUCUUCCAACCUACUCCUAUACCACUGAACAUAGCACGUCAAGGCAGUCGGUCGUUGGGCAUACGUAACACGUGUCUCAGCCAAUGUCAACUGAUGAAAUUUCACUACUUCAUCAAUCGAUUUGCCAUCCUUACCUAGUACCCGUUUCCUAACAACUGCGUUACUUACUUCAUGGUCCCAGGAUAUACGAGCAAUGUUUCGAAGACACCUAUGAUCGAAUACUAGUAACCUACGAAUAUCCUCUACUCUUACCGGCCAUGUUUCACUGCCAUGAAGUAGGACGGAACGAACUGCGCAGUAAACCCGUCCUUCGGUUGAUAGACGGAUAUCUCGCCUACGCCAUAAAUGACGCAAGUUUGCAAAAGCUAGUCGAGCCUUCUGUAUCCGUGCUGAGAUUUCGUCACACACCAGACCACAAGGGCUGAUGAGACUUCCAAGAUAAAUGAAACGAUCGACACUCUCAAUCACUUCACUCCCUAUCAUUAGUUCGGGUGUCAAUGCAACCCAAUCCUGAAGCAACAUUUUGCAUUUCGAGGGAGAGAAUCUCAUGCCGAACAUGCUUGGAUUGUUGCUUAGAGUGGUCAGAAGACUGUAUUUUGUCAGCGUCUUCACCAAAUAGAACUAGAUGUGUAUCGCAAUCUGUAAUUGUGGUUUUGUUUUCGUUUAUUUGGUCAUUCAAUUGUAGAUAUUUUGGUUAAUUUCUAUUAUAGAAUUAUUUAAGGUAUGCCUUUUGCCAUGUUGUGAUUUUUCUUUCAUGAGGACUGACUGCCUUCUAAUUGACACGUCUGUAGCAUGAGUGUGUGGUAUUUUCGUGUUGAAAGUUCCAUUUUCCAUAUAAGCCAUCAAAAAUUACAGAUAACGAAACAUGAUCUCCAUCGUAGAUUAAGACAGUGUAAAUAAUAAUUCCCAGUUCAUCUUAGUUAGUCGCUUGGUCUAAGAUCGAAAUGGCGAACGAGAAUGGGGUAUAUUCCCAACAAUAAAACUUGCAGGUUGCAUAAUGUGGAUACCUUUAGACUUGACACGCCUGAGUUGUGUACUUGAUAAAUGAGUUAAUAAUUAUCAUUCCACAUUUAACUUUAAUUAUGAAGUUUACCACUUAACAUCCUCUUGAUUAUUUAUAAUCAAAGUGAAAAAAAACGUUUAUCAGUCUUUUCGCACUGAAUCGCAUAAAUAUGUAUCUAUAUCUACAGAGUUAAGGAUAUUGAUGUUACUUAUGUGGUGAGAUCUUUAUAACUAAUUUUGAAUGCUGUUUGUUACCCGACUAUCUAGGCAGUUGGUGUUGCAGGAGAAGUUUGACCUAUCUAACUUACUAUAAACUAUUGUUGUGAAAUUCACUUAGAUAAACUAAACCCUAAUAUGCCCCCAGAUGCCCUGGUACGGCCGAGAGUGGGAGAGUCCACUCUCCCUCUCGAAACGCUCUCGCACGCCCACGCGUAUAUAGCCUCUGCCGGGAAAGUCCUACUCACUGCCUUCUCGUGGCGGGAGUGUUGUUUACGAAAAUGAGAGGACGAAAAGCGAAUGUCCGGCUCUUUAACCGGAUUCCAAACCAAUGCUGCACAUGGGCUCCAGUAUCCUGCUAGAACAAAUGGCGUAUGAACCAAUUGUUGGUCACCGGCUUCCAUGGGACUGUAUCUCUUUACGAUGCUCCACUGCCUUGUGGAUCAGACCUUCAGGUAGAAGGCUCGGGGUGUGGCCCCCUGAGAAAACCACCUGAUUCGGUUUGGGUACCCGGGCAGUAUCACAGCCCUCACACAUAUCGAAUGAGAUUUGUGUGGCGCAUAUGUAUUUAGUGCCUCCUUGUACCAAUAUCUAUGUGUUAAAAUAAAUAAUAAAUAAGUCCUAAUAUGUUUAUUGUACUCAAUAUUUGGAUUUGGUGUAAUUGUCAUUUUGCCCUUGAACUUUCGGUUGCAUCCGCGCAAUUAAGUUUUUACAUCGAUUCUUGAUUCCUUACUUACGUCUGUUAUUCCCAAUGGAGCAUAGGUCACCGACCAGCAUUCUUUAAACCAUUCUGUCCUGGGCCUUCCUUUCUAGUUCUAUCCUAUUGUUAUUCAUUCUUCUCAUAUCUGUCUGCAUUUCUCGGCGUGAUGUGUUCUUUGGUCUUCCUCUUUUCCUUUGGCCUUGAUAGUGUCUGGCCAAUGGAUCCGAAGUAUUUUGCGUAGACAACUGUUAAUAAACACUUGUAUCUUCUGGAUGAUGGCUUUCGUAGUUCUCCAAGUUUCCGCCCCAUACAGUAGAACUGUCUUGACAUCUGUAUUGAAACUUCUAACUUUGGUGUUGAUUGACAGUUGUUUUGAGUUCGGGAUGUUCUUCAGUUGUAGAUAUGUUGCUCUUGCUUUGUCGAUCCGCGCCUUCACAUCUACAUCAGAUCCACCGUGUUCAUCAACGAUGCUGCCCAGAUAUAUAAAGGUUUUUAUAUCUUCCAAAGCUUUUUCGUCAAGUGUGAUUCGAUUGUUGCAUGUUGUGUUGUAUCGGAGAAUCUUGCUUUUCCCCUUGUGUUUGUUGAGACCUACUGCUGCUACACUGGUCUUCUCCUGCAUUUGUUGUUGUGUUUGCGAUAGAAGAGCCAGGUCAUCUGGAUCGUCCAACUGCAUCCACUGUAUCCCAUGCUUCCCCACAGAUGUUAACGUCUUCAUGAUCCAUUCGAUCACCAGGAGAAAGAGUAUGAGUGAGAGUAAGCAACCUUGCCUGACACCGGUGUUUACUUCGAAUAAAUCUUUGCGCUGUUCUGCAUGCACGAUUUUGCAGUUUAAUCCAUCGUAGGAGUUCCGUAUGAUAUUGACUAUCUUCUGAGGCACGCCGUAGUUUCGAAGAAGCCUCCUUAGUGUUGUUCUGUCCAUGUUAUCAAAUACUUUCUCAUAGUCAAUGGAGUUGAAGUAGAGUGAUGAAUUCCAUUCAAUUGACUGUUCCACAAUGAUCCGUAGAGUUGCGAUUUGGUCUGUACACGAUCGAUCCUUACGGAAUCCAGGCUGUUGGUCUUCCCCCGACCGUUGUUGCUACCUCACUGGACGCAAAAAAGCCACAUUAAAAAGACCCAUUAGAACUGAAUUGAGCAGUGAGAAAACCAAAAGUAGGUUCCAGGAACAACUGAGGUCACAAUUAGGUAGUUCUGAAAACGAGGUUGACCCAGAUGUUGCUUGGAAAGCUAUAAAAACAGCUGUGGAAACAGCAGUGACAUCUAUUAGUGAUUUAAACCACAGGGUUACAAAGAACCAAUGGAUUUUCUCAAGGUCUAUUGCACUGAUGUAUUCUCGUAAACUCAUCCCAUCAGGCUCUGAACAUAAUGAAGAGCGAAAACAAAUCAGAUCUAGGUUAGGCAAAAGUCUAAGGAACGAACGUGAGCAGUGGUGGUCAGCGAAAGCAAAAGAGAUGGAAAAGGCGGCGGCUAUAGGGAACACAGACUAAUAAAAGAAACUGGAAUUAAUAAAUCAAGUGUAAGUCAGACUAUUUCGGAAAAAGACGACACCCUCAUCUGCUCUCAGUCCAGACGUUUAGAACGAUGGGCGGAACAUUUCAGAGAACAGUUCAGCUGACCUUCAGCUACUCUUAAACUAUCCUCCAUUCCCAGACAGUGUGAAUGGAACAUUGAAGUAGGUCCCCCAACUCUAGCAGAAGUUCAAAAGGCUAUAGUUAAUCUGAAACGAGGAAGGGCAGCUGAUCCAGAUGGAUUGGCUCCAGAAGGCUGUCCACUUUCUUCAUUUUUGUUUAACUUCAUCAUAGACCUACCGAUGGAAAUAACGUUCUCGUCUACUGAAUUCUCAGGUAUUGACCUCCUUCCAGGAGGUCCACUUAUCGACUUGGAAUACGCAGACGACAUAGUCCUGUUUGGUGAAGACACUGAUAAAAUGAAGAGUCUUCUGGUGGCACUAAGCAACUAUACCAGAAUGUUUGGAAUGAGCUUCUCUCCCUCUAAAUGCAAGUUGUUGCUUCAGGACUGAUCUGCGUCAACAUCUGUACUAAGGAUAGGGAGUGAAGUAGUCGAACUUGUUGACAACUUCACUUAUCUUGGACGUUUGAUCAGCCCUAAUGGGUUAGUGUCUGACGAAAUCUCAGCACGGAUUCGAAAAGCUCGUUUGGCUUAUGCCAACUUGCGUCACCUAUGGCGAAGGCGAGAUAUCCGUCUAUCAAUAAAAGGACGAAUAUACUGCGCGACAGUCCGUUCUGUUUUAAUUUAUGGUAGCGAAACAUGGCCAUUAAGAGUAGGAGACAAUCGUAAGCUACUAGUAUUUGACCACAGAUGCCUUAGAAAUAUUGCUGGCGUCUGCUGGGAUCACCGAGGGGUAGGAAAUAGUGAGGUUAGUCGUAGGGUAUUAGGGAAUGAUGGUAAAUCAGUUGAUGAGGUUGUGAAUCUUCAUGGACUGAGAUGGUUGGGCCACGUGUUACGUAUGCCUGAACACCGAUUACCACGACGUGCAAUGCUAACCGGUGUAGGGGAUGGUUGGAAGAAAGUUAGGGCGGCCAAACCAAAACGUGGUAUCAGUGCUUGAAGACACUAACCUCUAGUCUGAGCCAUGUUGGUAGAUGCAGACUACUUGGUUGGGGUCCGCGUGACUUUCGUAACCAAUGGUUGGAGACUCUUGGUGACAUGGCUCAGAAUCGAUCACAAUGAUGUAGGUGUAUACACUCUCUGUCUUCCCUUAAACUAAGAGAUUAAAAUCACUUCAUAUGUUUCUUUCUACGAACUAAUUCUUUUUUCCUGUACUAUAUCCUUAUGUACAAUCUUCUUUUUAUAUAUUACCACCUCUGAAUUAACUAAUUUUAUGAAUCCGGUGUCCAUCUUGUUGUGUUAAUGAGGUAUGGCAACUUGGGCCGAUGCAUAUAUGUGCCUGGUCCUACGUUGUAGCUGACUGACUGACUGUUGGUCGUCCCAUGAUAUCUUCUUAUCCGGUGUUUUCCAUUCCAACUUUGGUAUUUAGGUCUCCCAUCAGAAUGGUCGAGUCAUUUGUUGAGCACUUCUCGAUGAUUGACUGCAGCCUAUCGUAGAAUUGAUCUUUAGCGUCUUCAAUGUAUUCGUCGGUAGGCGCAUAGCAUUGGAUGACGUUCAUUGUAAUACCCUCUUUCUUUGUUUUGAAGAAGGAUUUUAUGAUCUUGGGUCCAUGAGAUUCCUAUCCUAUAAGUGCAUUUUGUGCUUGUUUGGAUAGCAUAAAUGUAGCUCUUUGUGUAUGUGGAGCAUUUUCUUCUUCAUGGCCGGAGUAUAACAGAUGUUCCUUGUCGCUGUUGUCCAACCUGCGUCCAAUGUGUUUCACUGAUUCCAUGCACAUUCAUGUUGUAUCUCUUCAUUUCUGCAGCAAUUCGGAAGACUCUCCUGGUCGCCCACGUUGUACGAGCAUUCCAUUUACCUAAAUUAAUGAUUGCUCUGGUUGUCAGAAGGAGUAUCGGCCUCGUGACUUCCGAAGGAACUCGACUUUCACCAUGAGGCGUCAUAACUCUUCUAAAUGAAGACCUGACUCUCAGGGCAGAGUUUAGGUGGUUUGAAUUAUUUUUUUGGUUAGUUUUUUAUACGGGACGGGGUCGAUAGCCCAUUGCCCAGCCCUCUUCCUUUAUCCGGGGAGACGAACGGCAGUAGCCCCAUGGAGCUACAGGAGGAGUUAUCCUAGAUCAUAGAGGACUCAAAUAUUUUAGGUUUGUAAUGAAUUUGUUUCUUUAAAUGUUGGAAAAAGGAUAUUGUGAUAGAUAUGCAAUUAUAUAUUCAAAAAAAUCCCUACUGAGUUGCUGAAAUUUCGAUUUUGCUAGUACUUGGUUCAAGAUCGUAAAUCUGUUGAAUAGUUACCGAUAAAUGAUUGUGAAAUAUAAAAUUUAAAAAAAAUCUUGUACCUCAUAAUGUAAUGCUAUCAAUUCGCUGUUUAUUCCUAAUGAGGAUUUUUUAAAGUUUCUUUUUAGAAUUUGGCUGCAGCGACUGAAGAUGUAAAGGACUCACUAUCGAAUUUGGCUGAUGAUUUGGGAUGCAUUCUAAUUGACCAUUUACGACAAGUAGAUGCGAACUUCAACUUUAUGUCACCUGUCACUGCAACAUACGAUCUAGACACUCGAUUCAUGCUGAUGCUUGACAAGAGUAUGAUGCCUGAGUCUAACACAAACGAUACCAUACCUGUUAAGAAUGACUGGGUGAAGUUUGCCGCAACGGCCUCCGCAUACAUCUACAAAAAUGUUGGUGAAUUGGUUUCCAAACCCCUUCGAAAAUGGCUGGCGAAUGCUGCCAGUGCUGCAAUUCUCGCUGGUCUACUUGCAGAAGUGCCCGAAUCGUCGGAUUCAAAUGAACGAUCUGCUUCUGAUGGAGAAACACCUGUCGAACAAGUCUCCACACCUGAUAGAGUAGUGGAGAAUCGUCAAGAUGGUGCCUGGUACUAUGGCCGUUGGACCGUUGACAAUGUUGCUAGCAGUUGUGAAUUGAUGGAUGUAAUCGAUGUUGAAAUGACAGAUGCAUGUAUUCGAGUGAUGAUUGCUGCUGUUGUUAAUUAUUUCCAGGAGAACAGAUUCGCUCCAUGUGGGUUGUUGAGAGACAGUUAUGCAAGUGCGAUACUGAGAAGUGAUCUAAUGGAUAGGUAUGGGUUGACAAACGAACAUGAUAAAAUUGAAGCGAUGCGUAUUACUGGUAGUUGGGUCUCGAAACUGUAUGUGUUUCACAUGGCGACGAAGCAUCGUGAUUUGGAGCACCCAAUCAGACCUAUAAAUAAUGUUGGUUUGGUGCGUCCUCUGAAACUAGAUAUCAGUCAGUGUUUCGAGGACUUGACAGCUAGAUUUAUCCGUACACGAAUCGCACAUCAGAUUGCCAGUCGGAUGGUGCGAUCUGUGUGUAUAGUGUUUUUUGAAGAUUUGAAUGAAUUGAUUGAGUUGCGGAAGCUGUACCGUCAAAUAUCCAGUGAUCCAUUUUAUUAUCACUCUGACUGUGAAUAUUUGACGAAAUCAUCUCGACCGUCAGUCAGUGACAAGAUGAGUAGUAUAUUUGGUCGAUUGGUCACCUAUUUGAGUGUUUUUGAGCCAAAUAGUCAAUUGUUUGAUUAUCCACAGUUGAAAAUGAAUGGUAGAACUCGAGAACAACACUAUGUUGAUUACAGUAAGAAUUGGAAGAAGAUACUGGAGACGAUUUAUACAGAGUUGUAUAUGCCAAGUGGAAGUCAUUUAUUGGAUGUACUUAGAAGUAGAUGCAAGAUUGCAGAAAAUAUCCCACAAAAUGAAGAACUUCUGAGAGAAUGUUGGAAUGAAUAUGGUGUCAAUUCAAAUGCUCAACCGAUGAUUUUACGGUAAUUUAUACCUCCUCCCGUUGUUAUUCAUCAUAAACACUCGGACUUUGAAUGGUUUGUGCAUCAUUUAAAAAAAGCAUUUCAUUUUUAUCAAAGUCUUAUGUGUUUUAUACAAAUAAGAAUACAGAUUUUGUUUAUGUAUAGUUUGUGAAGAAGUCAGCAAUUAUAUUACUAAGUAUAAAGAAGUUUUACAAAAUUUAUCAAUCUAUUGAAGAUUUCCCUAUCUGUCAAUUGCGAAAGCGACCUCGUAUUGAUUAGUUCAUAGAAAUAUUCUAUAUCCAUCUUCUCGAACUCUUAUAAAAAGGCUUAUAGAUGUUCACUGGAUUGCUCUUGUUUAGGGCUGAGGAUUUCACAUUUUAUUCUUAGGGUUAGGAAUCAAGUGUUUGUGUUAUGAUGUAAAGGUAAUGUUCAACUUUGUCAUAGGCAAUCUAAAUAGUGAGAAUUAAGCAGUUAAUACGUUCAAGCUUAUUACUUCUAUUCUGUCAUGGAAAAGCAUAAUUUAGGGUCAUCUUUUUCAACAUAGUGAUCAAUGUAUGAAGGUAUUUUAGAGAUCGUUUGAUAUGAUUUCACGUAGUAGUCUAACUGGCUUUUUUAAAAAUUCUGAUUGGUUCUUCCUUAUAGUACACAUUCAGCAUCAACUGUUGUUAAACUUUAAAUGAUGUUUAGAAUUACAUUUAUAUUUUUCAUAUUUAUCACUCUUAAAUUUAUUCUGAUUGGAUCAAAAUGCAUGUUGCCCGUGUAGUUCAAACCAGUCGAAGUCUAUCGUUUUUAUCUUGACGAUUUGUAAUGACUUAACGGCUACGUGAUGAAAACUUAGUCAUCGACAGGACCUUGAUGUGCUAUGCUCUAUCUGCCUUAAUCUGUCCGUAGAAAUAAGG